AUGGGCUGCCGUGUGCUUUGCUGCAUGUUAUUUGUGCUGCCAGACAUGGAUGAUUUCUCCCAUUCUUCUUUAAGUUCUAUUGGUGAUCAGGUUGAAGAACACAAAUGCACAAUUUUGCUUGUGGCCCAGAGAUGUCAGGAAUCCCGAAUGUCACCAGAAGCAGGUGAUGUAGUUAACUGGGCAUCACAGUUUGUCACAGAAAUAUUCCUGAUGGACUUCUUUGAUAUGCUGGUGUGGUCAACAGGAAAAUCACCUUCAAAGUUGUGUACCAAUCAUGCACUGAAGUUCAACACAGUGGUGGUCUUUCUGGUGCAGGCCACUAGCAAGAGGCCAGGAGGCAGCCAUAGCAACACCAUAAUCAAUGCCAAGUGCAAACAGAUGACUUACCCUGAUGACCUGCCCCAGAUCUCCGUGGUGUUUAUAUUUGUCAACGAGGCGCUGUCUGUCAUCCUGCGCUCUGUGCACAGCGUCGUGAAUCACACCCCAUCGCACUUGCUCAAGGAGAUCAUUCUGGUGGAUGACAACAGUGACAAUGUUGAGCUAAAAUUUAAUCUGGACCAGUACGUCAAUAAGCGAUACCCAGGCCUGGUGAAAAUAGUGCGCAAUAACAAACGAGAAGGACUGAUUCGAGCCAGGAUCCAGGGCUGGAAAGCAGCAACCUCUCCUAUUGUUGGUUUCUUUGAUGCUCACGUUGAGUUCAACAUUGGCUGGGUGGAACCUGCACUUACCCGGAUCAAGGAAGAUCGGAAGCGGAUCAUCUUACCAGCAAUCGACAACAUCAAGUACAACACUUUUGAAGUGCAGCAAUAUGCCAAUGCAGCCCACGGCUACAACUGGGGCCUCUGGUGCAUGUACAUAAUCCCACCGCAGGACUGGCUCGAUAAAGGCGAUGAGUCAGCUCCCAUCAGAACACCAGCCAUGAUUGGAUGCUCAUUUGUGGUGGACCGAGAAUACUUUGGUGAGAUCGGCUUGCUUGAUCCUGGUAUGGAGGUCUAUGGAGGAGAAAAUAUUGAAUUGGGCAUGAGG